AUGGCAGCCACCUUGCUCAUGGCUGGGUCCCAGGCACCUGUCACAUUUGAAGAUAUGGCCAUGUACCUCACACGGGAAGAAUGGAGACCUCUGGACCCUACACAAAGGGACCUUUACAGAGAUGUUAUGCAGGAAAACUAUGGAAAUGUUGUCUCAUUAGAUUUUGAGAUCAGGAGUGAAAGUGAAGUGAAUCCAAAGCAAGAAAUUAGUGAGGAUGUGGAAUUUGGGACCACAUCUGAAAGACCUGUCGGGAAUGCUGAGGAAAAUCCUGAAAGUGAAGAGGCCUUUGAAAAUGGAGAUAGAUCAGAAAGACAGUGGGGAGAUUUAACAGCAGAAGAGUGGGUGAGCUACCCUCUCCAACAAGUCACUGAUUUGCUUGUCCACAAAGAAGUGCACACAGGCAUCCGAUAUCAUAUAUGCUCUCAUUGUGGAAAGGCCUUCAGUCAGAUAUCAGAUCUUAAUCGACAUCAGAAAACCCACACUGGAGAUAGGCCCUAUAAGUGUUAUGAAUGUGGAAAGGGCUUCAGUCGGAGCUCACACCUUAUUCAGCAUCAAAGAACACACACUGGGGAGAGGCCGUAUGAUUGUAAUGAGUGUGGAAAAAGCUUUGGAAGAAGCUCUCAUCUCAUUCAGCAUCAGACAAUACACACUGGAGAGAAGCCUCACAAAUGUAAUGAGUGUGGGAAAAGUUUUUGCCGGCUCUCUCAUCUAAUUCAGCAUCAAAGGACCCACAGUGGGGAGAAACCCUAUGAAUGUGAGGAGUGUGGGAAAAGCUUCAGCCGAAGCUCUCACCUGGCUCAGCAUCAGAGGACCCACACUGGUGAGAAGCCUUAUGAGUGUAAUGAAUGUGGGCGAGGCUUCAGUGAGAGAUCUGAUCUCAUCAAACACUAUCGAGUUCACACAGGGGAGAGGCCCUACAAAUGUGAUGAGUGUGGGAAAAAUUUCAGUCAAAACUCUGACCUUGUGCGCCAUCGCAGGGCACACACAGGAGAAAAGCCAUACCACUGUAAUGAAUGUGGGGAGAAUUUCAGCCGCAUCUCACACUUGGUUCAGCACCAGAGAACCCACACUGGGGAGAAGCCAUAUGAAUGCAAUGCUUGUGGGAAAAGCUUCAGCCGGAGUUCCCACCUCAUUACACACCAGAAAAUUCACACUGGAGAGAAGCCCUAUGAAUGCAAUGAGUGUUGGCGAAGUUUUGGUGAAAGGUCAGAUCUGAUUAAACACCAGAGAACCCACACAGGAGAGAAGCCCUAUGAGUGUGUGCAGUGUGGGAAAGGUUUCACCCAGAGUUCCAACCUCAUCACACAUCAGAGGGUUCAUACAGGAGAGAAGCCUUAUGAAUGUACCGAAUGUGAAAAGAGUUUCAGCCGUAGUUCAGCUCUUAUUAAACAUAAGAGAGUUCACACUGAUUAA